GUUUUACAGGUAUGAGAGAAUGUGUUGUGGACGUAUGAACUCUGAACAAAGGGAAUUGACAGUGAAACUUAAAUGUCUUUCUUCACCUGUUGAGCACCAAGGAUCAAGACAGUGAACUUUUCAAAGACAGAAAAACAUUUAAAUAAUAGUAAAGGUGUACCAGAACUUUAAUACAGAUAUGACAUCAGUCCUGUCCGAGCAGCUCCAGUGCCCAGUCUGUUUGUGCCUUUUCACCGACCCGGUGAGUCUACCGUGCGACCACACCUUCUGCCGCCCCUGCAUCAGCGCUCACCUGUUGCAGAGCUCAGCGAAGAGCCAGAGCCGCUGCCCAGAGUGCCGUGGCCCUUUCAGCCAGAAGGAUCUCCGGGCUCACCGUGUCUUGACCAAUAUGGCAGAUGUGGCCCGAGAGGAGGAGGAGAGUGGCCUCACAGCGAGGGGACCAGAGGCACCGCAGGGACGCACUGUAGCCUCAGAGCUGGUGUGUCCAGAGCAUGACGAGAAGUUCAAGUUGUUCUGUGAGACAGACCAGAGGUUGGUGUGUGUGAUCUGCAGAGAUGGAGAAAAGCACCGGGGACACACGUUCACACCUGUGAAAGAGGCAGCAAAGACCAGUAAGAACGUUCUGAGGGGAGCUCUGGGGUUCCUGGUGAAAGAGAACCGUGAAAUGGAAGGACUGAACCAACAGCAGGCCUCUGAGAUCAUCAAGACCAAGGAGAAAUCUAAAAGCCUGUCGGCUCACAUCUCCUCCUGUUUCGAGGAGCUGCACCAGUUCCUGAGGAGGAGGGAGGAGGAGUUGAAGGAGGAGCAGGAGAGGGAAGAGAAGAAAACUGUGGCGGCCAUGCUGAAGAAUGAUUGUGUAAUACAGAACACGCUGAUGAUUGGGAGGGAGAUGGAAGUGACUUUGCAGUCCGCUUUGGAGAUACCUGAGUCUGACUACUUUCUAGAGUGGUGGACUGAAAGAGGCCUUUCUGUUAUUGAGGGGAUGAAGACGAAGGACACAGCCAAACCUAAUUACAGGUCAAGGGUUAGAGGUCUGUUUGUGACCCCUGACUCUCUCAAUCUCGGCCUCUACGAGACUCACCUGCCCUUCUGCAUGUGGAAGGAGAUGCUAAAGGUCAUCAAACCAGUUCCUGUGCGCCUCACCCUUAGCAGCAGUGAUGAUUCCUAUUUAAAGGUAUUAGAGGGUGGGGCCAGUGUCAGGCACGCAGACCGGAAGGGCGGCUUUGGCUUCAAUUACUACCGUGACUACGCCGCCACCACCACCGUCGUCUCCACAGAAACCGUCCAAACAGGGCAGCACUACUGGGAAGUGGAGGUGGGGGGGAAGCUGGACUGGGGGGUGGGGCUAAAGGUGAAGGAAGAUUCCGGCAAAGAGUCUGUCCUGUCUCCAGAGAGGGAGAUAAUGUUGCACCUGAAGCCUGAGAAGGGCCUGGUGUUCAGCCAUGAUGGUGUGGAGAUGCCCCUGAUGGCAGCUGCAGGUGACCCAGGUACUCAGGCUAAGGCCCAGGCCGGGCCUCGUAGGGUGGGGCUGUACCUAGACUGUGACAGGGAGAGGGUGUCCUUCUAUGAUGCAGACAGCAUGGUUCUCCUCCACUCCUCAUGGUGCAGCUUCAUCUCCCCGUGUUCCUUAUGCCUCUGCCCCGGGCCGUACAUGGAGGGCCGCAACAAUAACCCACUGACUGUCUGUUGGUACUGACCCAGCAGGCAAACUGGUUGCAAUGACGUCAUAAUGAUAUAUUUUCUGACGUCAUGGUCAGGUUUUGUUCACGUCUUUUUAGUAACCAGAAAAGGAUGUAUAAAAUAGUACUUAUUUUCCAUGAUGUCUUCAGGGGUAGACCAUGUGGUAGUUAUGUAGUAUAGUUAUUUGGCAUGUUCUAAACAAAAAAAUAAAUUAGAAAGUUGUAAUUUGGAUAGAAGUCACAUGCCAAAUUUGGCUUGCUGGGGACCUGGCCCUGGUGUCCACUACCUUUCUUGAUUAUGUUGAGUAUUUCACUAACUAUUUACCAGCUAGAAUGAUCAAAUUAUAAAUUUUGAGGUCAUCCUUUUCUAAAAAUAUAUAUAUAUAUUUGUUAUUGUUGACAUUAGGGGCAUAUUCUGUUAAUAACUGCUUUGUGGUGUCCUUUUUAAGUAAUCUUACCAUGUGUUUGUUGGUGAAGGCAGGGUUAUGCUUUGUGUAAAACAGCGCCGGCGCUAUGGGUUGGCAAAGUCGGGUAUGGCCCCUCCAGAUAGAAUUUGUGUCCCCCAAGUUUUGUUUCCCCAUAAAAAUAAACAUAUAAAUCUGUUGCUGUGCCCUUGAGCAAGGUAACUUUACUUAACUCUAAUUGCUCCAGGGGUGCUGUACAAUGGUGACUCUGGCCGUGACCCCACUCCCUGCGGGUGUCUCAGGUGUUGGGAUUUUCAAAAAACACAUUUUUAAUAAACAUUUUAGUGUAACAAGAUAAAUAUAAGCAACCCCAAAUAAUUAUUAAUUACCAUGCCCGGUUUUGCCAAUGUAGCGCUUCCAGGUCUGCCAGUAGUGCACAAUCUCACAAUCUGAGGAGGGGGUGGAAGGGGGGGUGUAAUAACCUAAUAUUACGUUCAAAUAAAACAAUAUAUUCUGA